AUGAGAAUUAAUCGUCAAAAGAAAGUUAGUAGAAUUCUAAAGUUUUAUUCUAAUAACUUUGGAUUCAGCAAACCUUACCAGGUGUUGGUUGAUGGAACAUUUUGUAACACAGCAUUACAGAACAAAAUAAACAUUGCUGAACAACUGCAAAAAUAUCUUGGAGAUGUUAGACUGUUGACUACACCUUGUGUUAUUUUGGAAAUGGAAAAACUGGGUUCUGCCCUUUAUGGUGCUACAUUAAUUUUAAAACAAUUUCCAGUUCACCACUGUGGUCAUAAAACUCCUUUAUUUGCUGCAACCUGCAUUAAGAAAAUGAUUGAAAAGAAUAGCGAUUUCAGGUACAUAUUAGCUUCACAAGACAGAGAUUUACAAAGAUUUGUAACCAGUCUUCCAGGAAUUCCAUUGUUGUAUAUCUUCAACAAAGCACCAACACUCAGACCACCUAAUGAAUUAAGUGUGAAAAAAGCAAAUCAACAUUUAUAUCAGAGUUGUGAUGUAAGUGCUGCUGAAAAGAAGGUUAUAAAACUGAUGAAAAGAAAAAUACUUGAACCAAAUCCAACAUCCCAGAUUAUUAAAAGGUCUAGAAAGAAGAAAGGCGGGCCAAAUCCAUUAUCUUGCAAGAAAAAAAAACCUAAACCUACAAAUAAUAAUAGUAAAGGUCAAAUCAACAAAAAAACACCUGAUUUAUGA